AUGAGGCUAAUAGCUUAUGGCACCUCUGCUGAUUCUGUGGAUGACUACAUUCGAAUUAGUACAUCUCUUACAAGAGAUUCCCUACAACAUUUUGUGGAAGGAAUUGUCUCUUACUUCAGUGAUGAAUACCUCAAAAAGCCCAAAGAAGAAGAUUUGGUAAGACUACUAAGAAUUGGUGAACGUCGAGGAUUUCAAGGCAUGUUAGGUUCUAUUGAUUGCAUGCAUUGGUGGUGGAAAAAUUGUCCACUUCGAUUAAAAGGUAUGUUUUCUGGAAGACCGGACAAACCCACAUUAAUCUUGGAAGCUGUGGUAUCAUAUGAUCUUUGGAUCUGGCAUGCUUUUUUCGGGACACCAGAUAGUCGUAAUAAUAUUAAUGUUCAUGAUAGAUCCCCUUUGUUUAACGAUGUUUUUGAAGGUCGUGCACCUUCUAUUAACUAUGUUGUGAAUGACCGCCAAUACAAUAUGGGUUAUUAUCUCACUAAUGGUAUAUAUCCUAAAUGA